GCCGGGGCGGGGCGAGGAAGCCUGCGGCCGCGCGGGUCGCUAAGAUUUGCGGCUACACCGGGACGUCUGUUGGUCCGUCCGUCCGUCCCCCUGCGCUCCCAGCCAUGGCCGCGCCGGCCCCCGCGCCCCGCAUCCUGCUGCUCUUGCUGUUGUUGCUCCCGGCGCCUGAGGGAGCCCAUAGUCAGCUGUGUAUGACUUCUCGUGGGCGCAAGGUUGACCCUUGGGUCUGUCCUGUUUUCUGCUGCGGCAGCUGUUACGACCAGUACUGUUGCUCGGAUGUGCUGAAGCAGGUUGUGUGGAUGGGGGAAGAUUGCCGUUCUCCGGAGGCCAGUGUUCUCACCGAUGAGUUCGACUCCAGCUUCAACAACGACCCCAUGCCCAAGUACGUGACCUGCAGGCUCGGGAUCGAACCCAUGCCUCCGGUAGCGGAAGUGUGGAGUCUCAGCCACUGGAGCAUUGACUGGCUUUCUGUCAGGUUUGGCACAGUGAUCGCCAUUGGGGUGACCCUCUUUGUGAUCGCUGUGGUCACCGUCAUCGUCUGCUGCACCUGCUCCUGCUGCUGUUUGUACAAGAUGUGCCGCCGACCGAGUCCGGUUGUGACCACCACCACGGCCACCACGGUGAUGCACGCCCCUUACUUGCAACCGCCCAGCUACCCUGGACCAACAUACCAGGGCUACCACUCUGUGGUCCCCCAGCUGGGGAUGCCAACAGCACCCUACCCGACCCAGCCCAUGGGCCCCCCCGCCUACCACGAGACGAUGGCUGGAGGUGCAGCCCUUCCCUACCCUGCCAGCCAGCCUCCUUAUAAUCCAGCCUACAUGGAGCCCCCGAAGGCAGUCCCCUGAGCACGCCCUGGCAUCUCUGGCCACCAGCUCAUCUGUCCUGUGUGUGUGAAUGGGUGUGCGGGUGCGGGCCUCUUCUCCCCGGACGUGGUGUGUGUGUCCCGUUUGUACCUGAGGCUUCUGGUGAUGGUGACGAGGGGUGCGGGAAGCAGUCCAUGUCUGAGUUGCCGGGACCAUGCUGUGCUCCCCUCCUCACUUGAGAUUAUGCUGCCUGGAACCCCAAAGAACGGUUCUUUUCCAGCCACCCCAGCGAGACCUGGGGCCGGAGCAGGGAUGCUUGUCGUGCUGGGACAGCACAGCUUUUGUGCGGGCAGGAUGCCCCCGUCCUCCGGUUUCUGUGGCAUGACUAGCCGUGGCACGAGGCCGGGGCUUGUCCCCAGGUUUGUCUUUGAAGCACCAGAGCCACGGUGUGGGCUAGUGGGUGAGGCUGAGGACCUGGCUGCAGGUGGGUCUUGACCUUUCCCGUGGCUCCUACAGCCUGGGCUGUUCCCCGUGGAGGGUGGGUGGCCGCCUGAUUAUCUGAACGCCUCAGGUGGAGCCCCACCCUUCCUGAAAACUAUCUUCCUGGAUCCUUCUUGCACCCUUCCUGGGACCACCUGGAGGCCCACACUUACCCAUGGUUCUGGUUGCCCCGGUUGGCCCUGGCCCCUUUCACAGGUGGACAGGGCAGCCUCUGACCACUUAUCCACUCAGGUGUCCUCCCUGCAGUGUUUUUAUUUUACUUUUAGCUAAAUAUUUUACCUUGUUUUCUGUUUCAAAAUGUGUGCAAUGGUUGCUGUGAGGCUGAAACCGUUGGGUUAGAGGGAGACUUCCCCAGAGAGGAGAGGGACUCAGAGUCCCUGCUUCCCCAUCACCAGCCUCACAGACUACCCGGCUGCUGGACCCCAGGCCUAGGUAUGUCCUGGCAGCGGGGACACCUGGGCCAAGGUGUCGUCUGGACCAAAGGUGGAGGGGACCCUGAGGGGGCUCCUGUGACCUAGACACAUACCUCGGUGUUCCCCACCCCUCUGUUCGUGUCUUACCACGUCGUAGGUCGGGACCUCUUAAUGUGUUUUGGAGUCUCGGGUCUGCACCCUUGUUUGUAAUAAAUGCAGAUAUUUCGA